AGUCAUAUCCGAAAUGGCUGCCUUACGGGGUCAAUUGUUGUGUACUCGAAUAGCAUGGGUAUCUAAUCGAUUUGUGAAAAGGGGUCAACCUGUUAGGAGGUUUGAAAUCUACACAGAGAAAACUGAACAACGUAAUUUGUUACAUAGAAUCAUAACAGACUGGAAAACCCCAUCCAUAGUGUUCAUCAGUGGAGUGUUGGGUUGUCUGUUUUAUGAGCGCUUUAUAGAGGAACCUGAUGAAACAGGAAAAAGAGAUCCCUUGAUUACAAGACUCAUGAUGAAGUACAUAAUGGCAGAUCCUGAUGUGGAUAGAGAGAAACGAGAGAAUCACAUGCGUCAUGUCAAAGAAAAAAUGGACAUUUUCCAAGAGAUGAAGAGAAAGCCCCGGCUUGGAAAGCAGCCAUUUGAUAUUGAGAAGAUUGAGAGAGAUAAACCUACAUUUAAGCCUUUUGGACCUGAUGGCUACUGAGCAUGUCACUGUCCUACCUGGCUUAUUUCAUUGUAAAAGAAAAAGCUCAUCAAUAAUAAGCAUGUUCCCCUGACGAUGCAGCUCUAAUUUACUUGAGUAUUGGGCUAUUAAAGUUGCUGAAGGGAUCAAUCUCAUUUUGUUUUCAGUUUUGAUGAAACAGAUCUCAGUUUGAGGCCUUAUCUUUGGAAAAGAAUGUGAAGGAGAGCUUUGUGUGAUUUGUAUCAGGUCCAGUUCUAUUUUGUCUAAUAAAUUAUCUUUUUACCAUG